AUGACGCUUUACAUUAGAGAUAUGGAGCCGAACCUAACCUCUAACUUGCUUUCAGAGCUUCCAGUUAAGUUACUUCGAAAACUCAAACCUCGCGUUCAAUUGAUUUUGGGUGAAAGUGUGGAUCGGAGUGGUGUCCGGUUGUGUGCACACAAUCCAGUGGUGACUCUGACCGGUGCCGACAAAAGCGGUGUCAAAUCGGGCGCAGAUGUGGUCAGUGCUGUUCCCCACGCUAUCAAUGAUAUUCCAAAGCAAAGCAAUACAUUGAAUACAUGCAAAAGCAAUAGCACUGAAAUACGGCCCAACAUGACUACCAUUACCAGUAAUAACCGUAUGAUUGCCCCCAAACCUAUCGCAACCACUUCUUCCAUUCCCAUCAGACCCGAGACCAUCGCCGACAAAGUACUCAAAAAGAUUGAAUUGUAUUUUGGCUCAAACUUAGAUAAAACCCAAACUGUAAUCAUAACCACUUCCGCGGACUCUUCGGUCAAUUCAACCAUAUCUGGCGCUAAAUAUGGCAUAAAUAAAAUGAUUCCCAUAAAUAGUCACAUAGCGUUAGUUACCUCUCCAGACGGCACAUCCAUGUUAGCGGUUCCCAUGUCUUCAUUGGUGGCAAAGGGAAACGUCAACAUCAAGUCAUCCGUAACCCCGGUUUCUAUCAGUUCUGCGGCUUUGAAGUCCAAACCUCCGAUUAUUACGCCCUUAAAGAUACUUCCGUUGAUGGCGUCGACCACUUCUUCGGCAGCGAUUUCGGUGCCGUCGAUAUCCCACUCCAAGAAUGUCCAGACACUGAUAGCGCCCGCAUCGGUGGCCAUCAAUAAAGGACUCACUAACCAAUCGUUCACAUCCACUAACACUGGUCUCACAUUAAUCCCGACCACUAUUUCCAAAAUUGUCUCUUCGGGUGAACUACUUUCAGAAAGCACUGUCCCAUCCGUUGUCGCAAACACUUCCAGUCACACAAACAAAGAAGAGACAGCUGUUAAAACCGAAGACAAAUCCCAGUCACCACUUCCUCCUCCACUUUUGGCUCAAAACAUGUCCAAAUUCGUCGACUCGGAAUUUGAGAUCACUUCCGGGCAAAACUCCGAUUCCAUCCUUCCAUUCCAUAAUUUGGAUCACAGAAUCCAUUUCCUUGAUUCCGUGUUUGAAUUGAUGUUCGGGUUUAUGGCCACCGAUGUUAAGGCUGGAGGCGUUAUGUUUGCGACAACGAAUGGAACAGUGCUUUCUGAGAGAAGUUCACCCGAAGAGACAAUUUUGGAAAUAGUGGUCGGGAUUAACGUGAGACCAGUGUUAGUGGAUGUGAACGAUUGGUUAGUGAGUCCUUUAUUGAUGGCCACCGAUGCGGGCGCUAUCAGUGUCUGGACAUUCUUGGAGUGGGAUAUCGACGGCACCGAAAUCGCUGUCGAAGAAGUGGUCGACGCCAUCAACGGAAGUAUCUUUAAGGGCGUAAUAAUCGGAGGUUUGGAUUUCAAAGCCGCAGAACUGAUAGAAACCGGGGUUACGGAUGACUUGAUGUUGACGUUUCCCUUUGCCACCAAUGAAGACAUGGGAACCGCUAACAUGGAUGUGCCGUCUGGAGAG